CCCACCCACCUCGAUAGCCAGCACUCACCGCCACCUCCCUCCCCAAACACAAAUGCAUUAUAAUGGGAGUGGAAAUAAAAACAAAAGGUGGUAGAUGCAUGAGUAACAACAACAACUACUACAAUCGUUUCUAACACCUCACUCCCUCUCUCUCUGUCUCUCUCAUCCCUCACCGCCGUCUCCGCCACCCGCGGCUGUGCCUUUACCUCGGUUGCCACGUCCCCAUCAACUCACCCCCUCCACUUCCCGGCCAGGUAUAGCCUCUCAUUAUGGCCCUUUUCUUUCUUUUUUAUGAUUUGCCCCCUUCCAUCCCCUUAUAUGGUCGUGCUGAGUUUCAUUCCUCUGGCAUUGGCUGCCAGCCUGUAGUGAUGAUGGCGAUAUAUGGGUAGUUUGAAAAUCGGGUCUUGAUGGGUUUUCACUUUUGUUGUGUGAAUUUCUUUUCUUGGUCUUCUCGGUUUGCUUUCUUGAUGGGGUUUUGCGCCUCCACGAAAGGUGGUGGAGUUGACUUGUAAUCCAAGGAGGAAUACUAUGGUGAGCAUACGAAGGCGUAGACUCCUCGGGCUUUGCUCUGCUGGUACAAGUUCCUCCGUUGCCCCAUUUACGACGUUCCCUGAGGACGAAAAACCAAUAAGCUUCUAUCCAAUUCCAUCAAACAGCUUUGAGAAGCCGAAAGAGGAAACUACAGCUCAUAAACCAUAUAGUUUGCCUGCCUCCCCACCUUCAAAAGACCAGGAAGAUCAGAAACUGUCAGAAGUUAAGUGCAGAAAGCGACACAGGAGGAAACAGUUUGACAGCCAAGAACCAUGUUUGAUGAGAGGGGUUUAUUUCAAGAACAUGAAAUGGCAAGCAGCCAUUAAAGUUGACAAAAAGCAAAUUCACCUCGGAACUGUUGGUUCUCAGGAAGAAGCUGCUAGGUUGUAUGACAGGGCUGCAUUUAUGUGUGGAAGGGAACCGAACUUUGAAAUCUCAGAGGAAGAGAAAGAGGAACUCAGGAAGUUCAGUUGGGAUGAGUUCUUGGCACUCACUCGGUCUGCAAUCACCAGCAAGAAAAGCCGAAGAAGAGCUGGUAUGGCUGCUGCUAGGAGAAAAUCUGAGGCAUGGGGAGAAUACAGUGAUGAAGAUGGCGAACAGCUGCAAGGGAAUGGGUUAUCAGCCUCAGAAGACAUAUCUGCCUAGUGAUCUUUCUUUUUUUCUUGAUUCUUUUUCUCAUACCACAAAAUAUAUACUCGUAUAUAUUAGUGAGUAUAUAUACAAUAUCCCCUGUUACAGUGUUAAAGAAAAAAAUAUUGAUACUUUUAUUUUAUUAAUACUCAGUUUAAUCCCACAGACUUAUCAUUUUGUUCUUUAUUCAUUUGAAUCGAAUUUCUGUAUCAAAUCUUUCGUAUUCAUAAUACGUAGUAUUAGUUUUACUUUACCCG